AUGCUGCCCAAGCGUGUGGUCUACUGGGUGUGGCUGACAAGAGAAUCUUCCGUAUUCUCUCCAGGUGCGACCGCGGCGCUGACACCCCCAUCGAAACCAUGGAUGCUAGAGUUGGAGGUGGCAAUGUGGCUCAACCAUCGUUCAUCUACGAGAUCUAGAGGCAGUAAAGAAAAAUCGCCCUUGAAGAAAGAGCUACAAGAAGGCGUCGGUGGCUAUGACACGGCAGUGGUCAUGAUGGAGGAGAGAAAAGAAAGUGAAACAGCCAGGAAAAUAGAACUUGUGCGCAAACGACAACGGAAUAGCUGUGGGCGCCUGGUUAGAGCCAAUCCCAAGACAUACAGGAAAGUCACCCUCAUGGUCACCUCGUGGUCACCGCUGAAACCAGAAAUACGAGUAAGGAAGGAAAUCUCUCCGCUUAUAUGCGUGUCACGUACCCCGCAGUUCAUCAUUUCCAGCACUUGGUCGCAAUCCCAGGAUGAUGAUGGACCGGUCAUGGCACUUGCGAGACCGCUGCCUUCGCCCUUUAUCCCGCCUCCCAACACUGGUCUUUUGCGUGCGCGUCGUCACGCUAUUCUUGUUCUCCUCAUUGUCGGGAUCCGCUACUACCGUUGGAAUCGAUGGACGAGAUCAUACUUUAGUCCAAAGAUGGAGGCGCACAAAGGAUUAGACGUCGGAAUGGCUGUAGUUAUACGUAGUAACGAGAUGGUGGUUGGAGAUCAACGUUAG